GCAGGUGGAAUGUCCCAUUCUGUAGCCAAGAUGUGGCCGUCCGUGUCCAUCCUGUGUGUCCUGGUGGCCUUUGCCAAUGCUCGCAGUGUUCCUUACUACCCUCCUCUCUCCAAUGACUUGGUCAACCACAUAAACAAGCUCAACACCACCUGGAAGGCAGGGCACAACUUCCACAAUGCUGACAUGAGCUAUGUGAAGAAGCUCUGUGGCACCUACCUGGGUGGGCCCAAGCUCCCUGAGAGGGUAGAUUUUGCUGCAGACAUGGAGCUGCCUGAUAACUUCGACUCGCGGACUCAGUGGCCCAACUGUCCCACCAUCAGCGAGAUAAGAGACCAAGGCUCCUGCGGCUCCUGCUGGGCUUUUGGCGCAGUAGAAGCGAUUUCAGACCGAAUCUGCGUUCACACGAAUGCCAAGGUCAGCGUGGAGGUCUCGGCUGAGGACUUGCUGUCAUGCUGUGGCUUUGAGUGUGGCAUGGGGUGCAAUGGUGGUUACCCCUCUGGUGCAUGGAGGUACUGGACAGAGAGAGGCCUCGUGUCUGGGGGUCUCUACGAUUCCCACGUGGGCUGCCGUCCCUACUCCAUCCCACCCUGUGAGCACCACGUCAACGGCUCCCGCCCACCGUGCACUGGGGAAGGGGGUGGAACCCCCCGAUGCAGCCGGCACUGUGAGCCUGGCUACUCCCCCUCCUACAAGGAGGACAAGCACUAUGGCAUCACAUCCUACGGUGUCCCUCGCAGUGAGAAGGAAAUCAUGGCUGAGAUCUACAAGAACGGCCCGGUGGAAGGAGCCUUUAUUGUCUAUGAGGAUUUCCUGAUGUACAAGUCUGGUGUCUACCAGCAUGUGUCUGGAGAGCAGGUUGGAGGUCAUGCCAUCCGGAUCCUGGGCUGGGGGGUGGAGAACGACACUCCAUACUGGCUGGUCGCUAACUCCUGGAACACUGACUGGGGGGACAAUGGCUUCUUCAAAAUCCUCCGAGGAGAGGACCAUUGUGGCAUCGAGUCUGAGGUUGUGGCUGGCAUUCCCAGGACUGAGCAGUACUGGAAGAGGAUGUAACUUUGAUCAAACCACAAAUAAUCCUGAGACCCUGAUGCUUUUAACUGAUAGUGGAUUGGGUGCAGAGACCCCCCUUCUAAGAGACUAUAGUUGAGGUUACUUUAUUAAAGCUUUUUAUCUUUUC